GGGCGGCACGAGCGCUACAGCUCCCUCCAGUCUCGCUCGCGCGUCUUUUGUCUCCUCACUCGCUUUUGUUUAGCCAUGCCUAGCCUGCUGCUCCUAGCAGGGAUCAUGGAGAAGAACGGGGGCUACGGCGGGGACCUGGCCGCCUCGGGCUUCGGCGCCGAGGGCCUCCUCGCGCCGCCGCCGGACGACGACGAGGACGAGUCGCGGGCGCUCCGCGUGGCUCUCGGCCAGCUCUCCCUGCUGGGGCUCGGGGAAGGCGAGGACGGGGCGGUUCAGGAGCGAAGCAGCGGUGGUGGUGGUGGCGGGAGUAGCAACAACAACGGGGGAAGCACGCAUCAGCCCGGGCACGGCAGCAACGGAGGCGCCGGAGGAGGAGGAGGUGGAGGAGACGCGGGCAUCCUGCAGAGCAAGAGCAAGUUGUGUGCGCUGUACGACGGCUCGGCCAGCGAGACGAAGGCGCGGGGCUGCAACAUCACCGAGUGCGUUCCUGUGCCAAGCUCCGAGCAUGUGGCUGAGAUAGUGGGCAGGCAAGGUUGCAAAAUCAAAGCCUUGCGAGCGAAGACCAAUACUUAUAUCAAAACCCCAGUCCGGGGUGAAGAGCCGGUCUUUCUCAUUACUGGCCGUAAGGAAGAUGUGGCGCUAGCUAGGCGUGAGAUCAUCUCUGCAGCAGAGCACUUCUCCAUGCUGAGGGCCUCCAGGAACAAGCUGGGCGUCUCCUUCAACGGCUCACCUCCAACUCCACUGCCUGGCCAGACUACCAUCCAGGUGCGGGUGCCCUACCGGGUGGUGGGUCUGGUGGUAGGGCCCAAGGGCUCCACCAUCAAGCGCAUCCAGCAGCAAACGUGCACCUAUAUCGUUACGCCCAGCCGUGACAGUGACCCUGUCUUCGAGAUCACCGGUUCUCCAGGGAACGCGGAGCGGGCACGUGAGGAAAUCGAGGCGCACAUCGCCUUCCGCACCGGCGGUCUGCAUGACCACAACAAUGAGAACGACUGCCUGGGCCCUGAGAGUAGCAACGGGGGUCUGGAGAGCCGCCUGCAGCAGGUGUGGGGGCUGCAGGGGGGCCAGCGCAAGCCGCUCACCAGCAGCUACCGCCAGAAUUUCUCCGACGCCAUAGUUGGAAGUAGUGGGGGCGGAGGAGGAGGCAGCGGGAUUUACAGUAAGGGUGAUUUCCCCACUCCCAACAACGGUGACAAGCCAUGCUCUUAUUUCGGUUCAGAAGGCUCCCAGAGCUGGGGGGACCCCGACUAUCCCAAACAGGUGGCCUACUACGUCCAGCAGCGCUCCAAAAGCUUCGGAGGCCUGCCCCUCCCUCUGACCAGACUGUCGCCCGGCCUUCCGGAGCCCUGUGGAACCGGUGGCAGCUCCACUACUGUCGGGUCUCCCCACGCCCAGGCACGCCGCGCCCACAGCGAGCCCACUUCCGCCUCGACACCAUUUGCUGGCCGCCUCCCAGUGCCGGACUCACCACCUGCUGUGGCCCGGGACUGCAUGACCUGCUUUGAGAGCAAGGUGACAGCCGCUCUGGUCCCCUGUGGCCACAACCUCUUCUGCAUGGAGUGUGCCAUUCGAAUCUGUGAGCUAAAUCAUCCUGAAUGCCCUGUUUGCCACACCCUCGUCACACAGGCUAUCCGAAUCUUCUCUUAAAAGCUCUUUUUUUUCCUUUUUCUACUUUUUUUCUGGUGCGUUCAUUUUGACUGUCUAAUUUUUUUAUUGUUUUAGUGUUUGUUUGUCAGUAUUUGCCCCAUGUACACUUUGCUUUUUUCAGAAAACAAGAAAAAAAAACAAGCAGAUAUUUUAGAAGACACUGCUUGCUUUACUAAAAAGAGUAAGAAGUAUUUUCAGAUUUUUCUUUUAUAUAUACACAUAUAUACAUAUAUAUUUUAUAAAGGUUUUGUUAAAAUGGGGAAAAAGUUAGUGCUUAGUGUUUUUUGUUAAUUUAAUUUUAUUUUAUACUGCUGCUGUUUUUCCACAUGAAUCGCAGUGUGGAUAGAAACAGAAAAAAAUGUGAACGUUUUACACUUUUGCUUUACUUUGUAAGUUUAUUACCAUUAUUAUUAUUAUAAAUAUUAUUAUUAAUUUGUAAGAUUGGAAAGAAUAUAGUUUUACAUCCCAGCAUUUUCUGCAAAGGGGCAAAUAUGCUUUUUAAAGGUUAAAUAUUGACUGAAUCUUAAAUCUAUCGUUGCACCUUAAAAUGGAUAGCUUGAUUGUCAACUAUUACAGAUGGCACUGAAAAAGAACGCUUUUAUGUAUUUCUUGUAUCUCUGCCUCUGUAAAGGUGUGGACUUAAAUUUGGAACGAAUUCUAAAUGCACAUAAUCCUGAAUCAAGGCACAGGACACUGUGCACUCAAAUAUCACAUGUAAAUGGCAAAGUUGCAUAACCUAUUCAUAUACCGAUUGUCACAAAAUUGUACAACCUAUUCAUAUGCCAAUUGUCAAUCAGUUACAAAA